AUGGAUCAUUCGUUAGCUGUCAAAAUUCUGUCUCUGUUCCAAAUCUUUGUCUCUGGUCGGAAACUAGCAGAACAAGAAGAAGGAAACGAGUUUCAGCUCUUGAAGUACCACAAAGGUGCUCUUCUCUCCGGCAAGAUCUCCGUUAACCUAAUCUGGUACGGAAAAUUCAAACCUUCUCAGAGAGCAAUCAUCUCCGAUUUCAUCACUUCACUCUCACCACAUUCCAAGAGUACUCCUCUCAACCAACCAUCUGUCGCCACGUGGUGGAAAACCACCGAGAAAUACUACAAACUCGCCGGAGCUGAUAAAAACCCUUCUUCUUCUUCUCUCUCACUCACUCUCGGUAAACAGAUCCUCGACGAGGACUGUUCGCUCGGAAAGUCUCUUACAAACGGAGAGAUCCGUAAGCUAGCUUCAAAAGGAGACCAACACGAUGCGGUAAACGUCGUUUUGACUUCAACUGACGUGGCGGUACAAGGAUUCGGUAUGAACCGAUGCGGGACCCACGGAUACGCUCCUGGUUUGGGUAAACGUGGCACCAAAUUCGCUUACAUCUGGGUCGGAAACUCCGAGACACAAUGUCCGGGUCAAUGCGCGUGGCCAUUUCACGCGCCGGUUUACGGUCCGCAGAGUCCGGUUCUAGUUGCGCCGAACAACGACGUUGGUCUAGACGGUAUGGUGAUUAACUUAGCGAGUCUUUUGGCUGGAACCGCAACGAACCCGUUUGGUAAUGGUUACUACCAGGGACCACAAACCGCACCGCUCGAGGCUGCUUCGGCUUGUCCUGGGGUUUAUGGCAAAGGAGCUUAUCCUGGUUACGCUGGGAAUCUAUUGGUGGAUACAACAACGGGAGGUAGUUUCAAUGCGUAUGGUGCAAACGGCAGGAAGUUCUUGCUCCCUGCUUUGUAUGAUCCUACCAAGUCGGCUUGCUCUACUAUGGUUUGA